CGUCACCGCAGUCUCUACUUUACUCUUGUAGAGCUGUGCUGCUCACUGAGCGGAACAUGGAGUGAGUGAACGCGCGUCUCGGACUUUCGGCUCUUUAGUAAAUUUCGACCGUAUAAAGUGAGUCGAUACUGAAGAAAAACACGAUGUAGUGAAAAUACCGACAUUGGACUGUUUGAUUUCGUGCCGGUGAAGCAGAUCUAUAUAGUUUCGUGCUUUGGAGAGGCAGACAGCGCCGGGACAAACAUGCUCUCGCCGCUCGUGCCGUGUUUGCUGUCGGUUCUGGUUCUGUGUCGGAUCGCGCGCUCCCAGUACUCGAGCGACCAGUGCAGCUGGAGGGGCAGUGGGCUUACCCAUGAAGGACACACCCGGGAUGUGGAACAGGUGUAUCUCCGCUGCGCCCAGGGUUUCCUGGAAUGGCUUUACCCCACAGGGGCCAUCAUCAUCAACCUACGACCCAACACAAUGUCCCCUGCGGCCUCUCUUCUCUUCGUCUGCAUCAAACCUUCCAAGGAGUCCAGUGGAGCCCACAUCUACCUGGACCGGCUGGGAAAACUUCGAUUGCUCCUCCGUGAAGAAGAUCAGGCCGAGGGGAAAGUGCAUUGUUUCAGCAUCCAGGAGGGGGCACUUUUCAUUGAGGCCGUGCCUCAAAGAGACAUCAGCCGAAAAAUCACAGCCUUCCAGUAUGAGCUGGUUAACCACAGACCAGGAGCAGAUCCACAUUCAUUGUCUGGAGCCUGCCAACCCUGUACAGAUGCUGAGGUCCUCCUGUCUGUUUGCACCAGUGACUUUGUGGCUCGGGGUGGCAUUCAUAGUGUGUCGCAAGAAGAAGAUCAGACCUCUGUCACAGUGUCCUUGAGUCGCCUCUACAGACAGAAAACGCAAGUGUUUGUGUCAGGGGGCGGCCGAGCCAAACGCUGGACGGGCUUCGUGAAGAUGCCCAGCCAAUGCAGAGUUAAACCAGGGGACGGUGAGUUCCUCUUUACUGGAACCGUGCGUUUCGGGGAGGCCUGGCUCAGCUGCGCUCCGCGGUACAAGGACUUCCUUAGGGUGUAUCAGGACGCACAGCAGCAAGGGACCAACCCAUGUCAUUUGGACACAGACUGAAUUCUUUCCAAGAAACCGCACGGUCCACCCUAUCGUGAGGAACUGUGACCUCGUGGGCAGCUGUCUGUCUUUGUCAAUCUGCCUGUUUUUACAGACAGGAGCGGUUAUAGAUCUGUAGACUGCAAUAGCGCUUCAGAAUCUGCUCAUGUGCUGUCCCAGCAUUCCUUGAGACAGCGACUCUCGCUCUUAAAACACGCCGCAGAGACAACUGAAGUCAAGUUGGACUUGAGAAGCCAAUGACGAUUGACUGGUCUUAAGACAUUUUCUCAUGUUGUUGUUUCUCUUACGUCGCAAUGUAGCAAACCUCGCUGUUGAAUGUGUAAAAAUGUGAAAAGAAAAUUCUAAAAUGGAAGUCCCUGAUGCUUUGUAAAAAGCUUGUUGUACAGUUUUGCAGUUGUUUCUAUGACAGAAAUAUAUUGAAGAAAAGCCUGCUUUUUUAUUUUUUAAGGAAAUUUUUAAGUGCAAUUCCUGCCUGUGUUUUGUCUUCGGGCUGUUCAGUUGCAAAUGUGUCUUUCCAAGGAUUAAAAAGAUUUUUUUCUCUUUGGAACCAAAUCAUGUGCCUGUUGUUUAUGUAAAUGAGGUCACACUGCAGAUCUCUGCCAUUCGCUUUUAACUAUUUCAUCUGUGAACUUUUUUUUUUUUAUCGUUGGAAUGAUUUUGCGGUAUUAGAUUCACCACAAAGUGGAUUAUUAUUGAACAGUUUUCGUUUACACAUUUCGCAAACGCUUCCUGAAACGCUUCCUUCUUGGACAAAAUGCUUUUGUCAGUGUUCAGCCUCAUGUUUGUCAUUAUCUCGCCAUCCUCCCCCUUUCCAGUUAUUAUUAAAUCAAGAAAAUAAUGCAUAACAAGC